CCGUGCUGGUGUGAGUUCCUCCAUGGCCCUAAGACCAACGCCAAAGCCAUCCGACAGGUGCGUCUGGCCCUGUCGUCUACGGAGGAAAAGCAGGUGGAAAUUCUCUACUAUAGGAAGGACGGGAGCCAGUUUCUGUGUAGUGUGCUGAUAGCUCCGGUGAAGAAUGAGAAUGGUGACGUGGUCAUGUACAUCAUCAACUAUGAGGACAUCACAGAUGCACCCUUCCAUAGCGACAUGGGGCCGCCAGCCAAUCACAGGACACCUUUUGGAGCAUUGAGUCCUGCAAAGUUUCGUUUGAAGCUGUCAGCCCUGAGGAGGGACAAGAGGAAAGAUGACAUCGAGAACCAACCGUUCGACGACCCCUUCCCACAAUUCCCUCUGAGGCCGCUUCACCCUCCAAACGUCCUCUCCGUAAGGGACGAGCAUCACGCUGCCACCCCUCCCACUCAGAGGCUGUUGCCGAUCCAAAAGGAGGUGGACCAGCAGUCGUUAUCGAACGUGAGCCAGCUGUCGUCGCGGGGAAGCAUCUCCCGCAGCCACGGCUCAAUACGACGGGCAUCGUCACUGGAGUGCCUUGACCGAGAUCAGAAGAGGGACUCAAAAGAUUCCGAAGAUUCCGACAUCGCCAAGAACAAGGUGAAGUCAGCCACCAGUCUGGUGAACCUGACGGAGAACUUGGUGAUCCGAGAGGAGGCUGGUCCUCCCAGUAAAGCCGAGCGUUUCCUGGGGAUCGGGAGUGCCGCGGUCACAAGGAAACCAGGAGUUACAAAAAAAGUCACACAGUGGACAAUGGGGAACAUAAUGAUGCCACCUUCCUCAGGACAACAGGUGUUAUCCCUCGGAGCAGAUGUUUUACCGGAGUACAAGCUUCAGUCUCCCCGCAUCCACCGCUGGACAAUCUUACAUUACAGCCCUUUCAAGGCAGUGUGGGACUGGAUCAUCCUACUCCUCGUGAUCUACACUGCCGUCUUCACUCCGUACGUCGCCGCCUUUCUCCUCAACGAGGACGAAGCGCGGGCGAAGAUGAACCGCGAUCCGGAUACGCGGAGGGACUAUGGUCCAUCAAACCGUUACGGGGACCCCUUGGUUAUUGUGGACCUCAUAGUGGACGUGAUGUUCAUUAUAGACAUCCUUAUAAAUUUCCGGACCACAUAUGUUAAUAAGAAUGACGAGGUGGUGAGCCACCCGGGCAAGAUUGCGGUGCAUUACUUCAAAGGAUGGUUCCUUAUAGACGUGGUGGCAGCCAUUCCUUUCGACUUGCUGCUGUUCGGUUCUGAAACAGAUGAGACGACGACUCUGAUAGGCCUGCUGAAAACGGCGCGCCUCCUGCGCCUGGUCCGAGUGGCGCGGAAAAUCGACCGGUACUCGGAGUACGGCGCAGCGGUGCUGCUGCUCCUCAUGGCCACCUUUGCCUUGAUCGCCCACUGGCUGGCCUGCAUCUGGUACGCAAUAGGGAACGUGGAACGGCCCACGUUGCCUGCCAAGAUCGGCUGGCUGGACAUACUGGCAAAACAGACGCACCAGCCUUACACCAACGACAGUAACAGCGGGCCGUCGCUCAAGUCCAAAUACAUCACCGCGCUCUACUUCACCUUCAGCAGCCUCACCAGCGUGGGCUUCGGAAACGUGUCUCCCAACACAAAUGCAGAGAAGGUCUUCUGUAUCUGUAUCAUGCUUAUUGGAUCGUUGAUGUAUGCCAGCAUCUUUGGCAACGUAUCAGCCAUCAUCCAAAGGCUCUACUCAGGGACAGCCAGGUAUCACACCCAGAUGCUCCGUGUGAAGGAGUUCAUUCGCUUCCACCAGAUCCCGAACCCUCUACGCCAGAGACUGGAGGAGUAUUUCCAGCAUGCCUGGUCAUACACUAAUGGGAUAGACAUGAAUGCAGUUUUGAAGGGAUUUCCUGAGUGCCUGCAGGCGGACAUUUGCUUACACCUCAACCGCAACCUGCUCCAGAACUCCCCAGCCUUCAAGCACGCCAGUCAGGGCUGUUUAAGGGCGUUGUCCAUGAAGUUCAAGACCACGCACGCUCCCCCGGGCGACACGCUGGUGCACAAGGGGGACGUGCUGAAGGCCCUUUACUUCAUCUCGAGGGGAUCCAUCGAGAUACUCAAAGACGACGUGGUGGUAGCUAUAUUAGGUAAGGACGAUGUGUUUGGGGAAGACCCUCUGAAGAACGACAUUAUGGGGAAGUCUAACUGUGACGUCCGGGCGCUGACCUACUGUGACCUGCACAAGAUCAUCAGAGAUGACAUCCUGGAGGUACUGGACAUGUACCCAGAGUUCACCGAGACUUUCAUGAAGAACCUGGAGAUCACAUUCAACCUGAGGGAUGAGGAGUCCAGCGCGAUGUUGAAUGACGAGGAUGCGACUCCAGCCGAAGCCCCGCCGAUGUCCAGCGGAGCCGCGCGACCCUUCAUGAGGUUAUCCCGGUACUCUCUCAGGAGGAGGUCGUCUGCUUCUGUCUCAAGUCGAGGAAAAGCUGACUUAAGUGAACCUGUGAAAGUCAAGCCCACCAUGAGGCACGCCCAGGCACAGAGGACACAGAGUGGAGGAAGUCAUUUCAGCCAUGCCGGUUUGUCGAGUGACGAGGGGGACGGUGAGUCCGCGAGCGCCAGUCCCAGCCCCGGUCCCGGAACAGGUGCGGUCGAGAUGUCGUCCUACGUCAGCGCUACCCAGGAACCUCAGUCUUCCUUCUUCACAUUCGAGACUCACGAGCCCAGACAAGACCCGUCUACAGUGAGAAGGGACCAGGACCAGGAGAGUGCCGUGUCCACCCCCACCCAGAGGGGCCCUCCCCCUCCCCGGGGCCAGUUCCUCUCCCCCUCCCACCACAGGCGGACGCGGGACCUCGUCCCGUCGGACUCCAAAAGCCUCGGCCCGUCUGUCGUGGUGGAGGACUGCACGCGUUUCGUGGCAAACUCCGAGCUGCAACGACAAAUCGCGAACCUGCAGCAGCAGCUGAACCGGCUGGAGAGUAAAGUGACCGUGGAGAUGGCUCAGAUUCUGGGCAUGUUGAGACAGAUGCAGGCCAGCGCCAUGCCACCUGUAUACUCGGGCGUCCCCACCCAGACUCAGCCUCCCCCCUACCCCAGGGGAAGGAGUCUUUCCCAUCCUGUAGACGAUCCGUUGUUCUUUCCAGCGGUAGACGCGGGGUUGCUAACAACGAUUACCCGGGCGAGCCAGUCCUUGCCCAGCCUUCCCGAGCAAACCGCUGCCUCAGCCCCGUCCAUGGUGGAACCCGAAGGCUCUGCACACUCAGGUGAUGAUGACAGGGGUGCCACAGCGCCCCCUGUGGCAGCAGUUGGUGCUGCAACUGCCAGGCACCUGGAUACGGACGUGUGAUAGCUUACCACAAAGUGAAUUCUGGGAGUGACCUGCAUCUCUGUGAGCGACCUUCGUAGAAAGCUCACAGGGAUUUUCUGCAUCUGUGUUGGGAACUGAUCAUUCUAGAAAUGCACCGGGUAUUAAAAAGGUUUAACGACAAGUGAAAAAUUGUUUUUGUGGAACUGAACACUACAAGAGUUCUUGGGUUGUUCGUCAGGAUUAAUGUGCUGUUGUGAUGGUACCAAAUACCUGUAACAGGAACUACUGUUUCUUCUCAAAUGGAGCACCUGGUAACGAUGACUGUGAAAGGAAAUACGACCUGCGUGUAAUACGACACCAAAUCUUAUCAACAUAUGUGACUUCUCGGAUAACAUGACAAGUGCAGCGACAUCGGACGGGAUUCUGAUGUUGGAUUUUUCC